UGUUCAUAUUCUCAACUUUAUGGAACGAAACACAAAGUAUAUUUUUGUUUCAGACGAUAGUUUAGGUCGGUGGAGUUAAAAAUAUAACUUCGGCUUUCUUCGAUAAUUUCCGUCAAUUUUCGUCGGAAAACGACAGUGUGCGGUCCGCUGCCCGCCCUAGAGCAUGCGCACACGCAUUGGGCGGCGCGAGUUGAAAAUAUAAUAAUAUUUUAUAAUCAACUUUAUUAUUAUUAGUCAUAAUGAACAGUUCUGUGUCGUCCAAGCAUAAACAAUAUUUACCAGUGGCAACGUAAAAUAACAACUUAUGUCUAUUUUUAACAAAACUUGAAGCAAGUAUGCUGUGAGAUUUAAAAUAGUUUCGACGUUUGAAUGGUCGAUACAAUGUGUAUUGGAGUUUCCAAUUUAUACGUGACUUAUUAAUAGACAUUAUGAGUGUUAGUAUAACAAAGCACUUCGGCAGCCGCGUCCCAGUGUGGGACUGCACGUGAACCAGAGUAUAUUGAUAAUUACCAAAAAUUCCAGUGCAGUGACACACCAGUAGCUACAGCGGGAGUAAACAAAUAAAACAAUCUCAUUGUAUAACAUAUGCAUUCCUCGAAAUACCGCCGCGUCCUAUCAGCAGAGCGACACACGUGCUUUUAUUUUCUAUUAUAAAUAGAUCACACGAGUGAGACACGAUGACGUCAAUGAAGGACGGCGACGUCACCGAUGCAGUCCGUGAAGACGACAAGCAAGGGAUCCCUCGAAAGGAUUCCAAAGAUUUGUCAGACUUGCCUCCCAGCGGCACCUCGCUGCACAAGAGAAGAAGAGGGGAACCUCCCGCAACGCUGUCUGUUAAAUCACCGCAAACUCCUUCCGAUGCCGAGGGGUCCUCGCCGUUGACUGCGCGGACUCCUGACGACUGGAGCCUUAUCGACGAGAUUCCUGAUCCAGAACAAAUAUGCGAGAGUAUGCUCCAGAGGUUAAAAGAGAGAGACGACGCUAUGUCCAAGCGUGGCAGAGAAGUAGCUCAGCACACCAAAGAAACUAUGGAAGCGCUCGAUCAACUAGAGAAACUCCUGGAACUCUUGGACCAAUUGGUAGCUUUAAAAGAACACAACUCGCGGCUACUGCGAAGGUUAAGAGACGUGAAACAUUUAAAAAAACUUCACAGCGCGCACAAAAAGAUUGACCUGGAAAAUGAAAAGCUAAAGUAUGAGUAUAAGGAGUUGCAGUUGAUACAGGAGGCGCUGGAUGCCGAGCUGGAGUGCGAGUACGGGCAAGUGCUGUUCGACUCCAUGAUCACCGGCGGCAGGAUGAAACGAUCUGGGUCCAAAUGGAAGGGUCAUACAAGAUUUGGUGGCUCACUACUAAGAAAACAGCGAUCCCGCUCUGCAGGAGGAGAAGAUAGUGACGUCAGUCCUGGCACUCCGUUGCGGAGGAGAUCAGAGGGAGUGUUCUCCAAAGAAGUGGAGAAAUCGAGGGUCUCCAAGUGGACCAAAGUGAAAGCAGCUUUCAGAUGGGAGAAGGCGCAGUGGGGCGCGGCGGGCAUGGGCGGCAUGGGCGGCGCGGCGGGUGCGGUGGCGGCGGGCGCGAUGGUGGGCGCGGUGGCGCUGGCGGGCUCGUCGCCGGCGGCGCUGCCGCCGCCCGACCCGCGCGAUUCCGCCAGCCUCACUCCCGGCAGCGCGCUCUCGCUCACACCUAAUUCCUCCUGCGAAGAGCUCGCCAUGGACGCAAACUGCCGAAAGAGCACGCUCCGCGGAGACGAGAUCAACGCCGCCUUCCUGCAGGCGCCCCCACAGGAUGACAGUUCGACAUCUCCCUCGCCCAACAAACUCCAUAAGAGUCCGUGGGGCAAGAUGCGCGACAUGAUCCAGACCCACCGCGAGUCGGUGAAGAAGCGGUCGCGCGGCGGGUGGCGCGGCGCGGAGGGCCCGCUGCGGCGCCGCUCCUUCAGCGACGGCGGCGACAGCGACGCGCCGCCCGCCCUCACCCUCACCAUACCCUCCUCCGAGGAGCUCGAGUGUGUGGCUUGCCCGCCGGCGCGGUCGCUGGAGCUGGGCGCGCGCCCGCCGCACCGGCCGCACCGGCCCGCGCGCGCCUCCAAGUGGACCAAGGUGAAGCGCGCCUUCCUCACCUCCGCCUCCAUGUCGGUCCCGUCCAGCCCCAACAGGCACAGCGCCUUUUUCACUGACGCAGAGACGGAGGGCGUGAGCAGCGGGUGCGAGGCGGGCGCGGGCGUGCGCGAUGAGAUCGCGCGCGACUACGCGGCGCUGCAGUCGCGGCUGCACCGGGAGUUCUCCGACCGCCGCGACAAGCUCUCCGCCGGCAGGCACCCCCUGCCACCUUGCAACCUCUCCGUCUACGCAUCAGGUCCGGUGGCAACGGAGGAGCAGCUCUCUCUCGACUUUCGCAACCAAUUGUCGGAGUGGAGGAAGAGGGGUGUGAAGCAGCCACUGCCAGUGCCCGCCCGCCAGGACCUCAGCGAGGACUUCCUCAAGAAAUGGGACGAAUGGAAGCGUAUGAAAGAGACCAACUCAGUGCCGGCGUGGGAGGAGGCGACCAAGCCCGACGAGGUACUCGUGCAGACCUCCACCGGACUCUUCAAGUUCAAAGGAAUAUCUCGUUCGUUUACCCGCAAGCUGCACGAGUGGGAGAAGUCCCGCGGCAUCGCCCCCGAGGCGUCCACGUCGGCGCUACUGCGCGCGGCCAAGGCGCGAGGCAAGACAGCACAGGCUCCGCUGACGCGCACGCAGUCCGACGGCAGUGUGGCGCCCUCGACUGCCGGCUCGGGCCGACUUCACGCCUCCAGCCUCAGCGUCAACGAUGUUGAUGACUUUGACUCCGAUUACGAGAGAGAACAUUCUCUGGACGGACUGGAGGAGCAGGAGAGCGGCGAGACACGCGGCGCGGUGCUCGUGGAGGUGGAGGCGGAGGAGGUGUGCACGGCGGCGCCGCUGGUGGCCGUGUCCCCGCGACACACGCCGCAGAAGCCCGUCUACACGUACGGACAGGCCGAGGCCAGGCUGCUGUGCGAGACCAGCUCCGCGGUCACCGGGACUGCCGUCUUACAGCCGAAUGGUGCCGUCAUUCUUUCAGAACCUCGCCGAGUGAAAACCAAAGAAUCAGGCACAAGGCCAAAAACUGCACGAGAACAGACCAAACAAUUAGAGAAGAACAGAAGAAUUCUUAGUAGGCAGACGAGUAUAGAAGAAGACGCGAUGUUUAUUAGAAAAACUAUAGAAGAAAUAGAAAGAGGUUCUAGUCGAUUUAAAGACGAAGAGGUAUUAGAUGACUCAGUAAAAGAAUAUUGCAAAUACGACAAAAUUGAGUCAGAUAUAAAGAAUACAAUUGAAAAAGUUACUAAGCAAAACGUAAAAGGAUCAAGAGAAAGUAUCGAAGAAUCCAAAGAGGAUAAUAAGAGAAAGGAGGCGGAUAAGAGCAACGGUAAGAAGAAAACCAAAUCCCGAGCCCGGCUAGAAAGGGAACAGUCUAAACCUUCCGAAAGUGACAGCGAGCCAGAAGUGAGCACCGUCACAGUAGAAAUUCCAAGACGACGCAAAAGGCCGCGCCGCGCCUCCGAAAAGCCAAGAACACCUCCCGCCUCGCUGCACUCAGAUUCUGAAGGAGAGGUCUUUGUUUUAAAAUUCAAAGCUCCGGAACCAAGGGACGGGUCACCAGAGGUCAUCGUUAAAACGACAAGAAAAAUCUUUUCCCCGGUCGUGCGUAGCGGUGAAUCGGUACCCAGAGCCGUUAUACCGGUAGACGUGGAAGAUCUCGCUGAAGUAAGACCUUCAGAACACGCUUACCGUAACACGGAAAUUAAAAAACGAGAGCAAAAGGUAGAAAAGCCUCAAAAGAAACAUGAGGAAAUCCGCUCGAAAAGCGCUAGCGAUCUGGUAGAAGGUGAAGAGCAAAAGAAAAGAAGCAGACCUCCGCUCCCUUCGUCACCAUCAUCGCAACGAAAGCCGGUAUCAAAGGAAACUGCACCUUCUAUACGAAUCAUGAUUCAACGAUACAACAAGAAGAUCAACGAAGAAGGCCCUACUUCUGGCGCAAGCAGUGGAGCUUCAUCCCCUGCUUGGAGAUCACCUUCCACUGAACGACGACGACCUCCAGACAUGCCCGUUGGAAUUAAUAUCAGAAACAACCCAUUCCUUGAAAGAGAAGUCCAGAAAUCCGCAAGUGCAUGCCAACUUUCCCGACGAGACCAAACAUCAGCUGAAAAACAUCUUAACCCAGCCCCUCCGUCAAUCGACGGAGUUUUGAAGUCCCACAGCGCUAACGCACUGCACCCGGAGCAGAACAAACUCGAACCGCCUCCAAACAACACAAAGAUUGAGGAUAGUCAAGAGACAAUAGUCCCUGCAGCUAGUACGGACACUAUAGUCCCCAGCCUGAUUAAGAAUCAAGCUGACAUCAAAAGUUCGGACACACAAUCUUUGCCUAUCAUGAGACAGAGAUCCGAAAUAAUAGUGCCAAGUAUUUCAGAGCUUAUGGCGGAUAAUCCUGGGUUGUUUACGCGGUCCAUAUCGUCAGUGGAGCCACCCACAACGUCCACUGAAAUGGAAACGACAAUGGCGGUACUUUCAGAAAGAGCGGCGCGGCUAAAGGCAGCCAGAGACAAGUUCCUCUCGACGGUGCCUAUGCGGAGGGAGGGAACUAGCUCGGCAAGCGACUUGAGGCCGGGGGACAGAUCGAGCCGAAUAAGCUGUGAGAGCGACGUGACUGAGUCUCAGAGCUCGGGCAACCAGGAGUCGGGCGCACUGGGCCGCAGCGCGUCCACCGGCAUGGUCAACGUGGACAGGGAGGCGUGGCAGAGGGUCGCCGAGGGGGGCGGUCGGCGCCAGAGCCGGCGCGCGCGGUUCAGCCUGGCGCGGCUCGCGGCCAAGCUGCGGCGCAAGGACGAGAGCGCCGUGUCGCGCCUCUGUCGCCAGAGCCUGCUCGUGCAGCUCAUCAACAAACAUUGAAUAUACAUAUUAUUUAUUGACAACA